AUGGCGUCCUCCCUGCUUGAGGAGGAAACUCACUAUGGCUCCAGUCCCCUGGCCAUGCUGACUGCAGCCUGCAGCAAGUUUGGUGGCUCCAGCCCUCUUCGGGACUCAACCGCACUGAGCAAAGCAGGCGCAAAGAAGCCCUACUCGGUGGGCAGUGACCUCUCAGCCCCCAAAACCAUGGGCGAUGCCUACCCAGCACCCUUUACAAGCACCAAUGGGCUCCUCUCCCCUGCAGGCAGUCCUCCGGCACCCACUUCUGGCUAUGCCAAUGACUACCCCCCUUUCUCCCACUCAUUCCCUGGGCCCACGGGCACCCAGGACCCAGGCUUGCUAGUGCCGAAGGGGCACAGCUCUUCCGACUGCCUGCCCAGUGUCUACACUUCUCUGGACAUGGCACACCCCUACGGCUCUUGGUACAAGGCAGGCAUCCACGCGGGGAUCUCACCAGGCCCGGGCAACGCUCCUACUCCUUGGUGGGACAUGCAUCCUGGGGGCAACUGGCUAGGUGGUGCGCAGGGCCAGGGUGAUGGGUUGCAAGGAACGUUACCCACAGGCCCUGCUCAACCCCCCCUCAACCCCCAGUUGCCCACCUAUCCCUCCGACUUCUCCCCACUAAAUCCCGCUCCCUACCCGGCCCCUCAUCUCCUGCAGCCUGGUCCUCAGCAUGUCUUGCCCCAAGAAGUCUAUAAGCCCAAGGCAAUGGGCAAUAGUGGGCAGCUGGAGGGGGGCGGAGGAGCCAAACCCUCGCGGGGUUCAGGCAGCGGGGGCAGUGGUGGAUAUGGGGGCAGUGGAACGGGGCGCUCCUCCUGUGAUUGCCCAAACUGCCAGGAGCUCGAGCGCCUGGGGGCGGCCGCUGCUGGGCUGCGCAAGAAGCCCAUUCAUAGCUGUCACAUCCCUGGCUGUGGCAAGGUGUAUGGCAAGGCCUCACACCUGAAGGCCCACCUGCGCUGGCACACUGGAGAGAGGCCUUUCGUCUGCAACUGGCUCUUCUGCGGCAAGAGAUUCACCCGAUCAGACGAGCUGGAGCGCCAUGUGCGCACUCACACCCGGGAGAAGAAGUUCACCUGCCUGCUCUGCUCCAAGCGCUUUACUCGCAGCGACCAUCUGAGCAAACACCAACGUACCCAUGGCGAGCCAGGCCCGGGGCCACCUCCUAGUGUUGCCAAAGAGCUAGGGGAGGGCCGCAGCACAGGGGAAGAGGAGGCCAGUCAGACACCCCAACCGUCCACCUCACCAGCACCCCCAGAGAAAGCCCCCGGAGGCAGCCCAGAGCAGAGCAACCUGUUGGAGAUCUGAGCUGGUCUCCUGUCCCCAGAUUGCUCUGCCCAUCUCUUGUGGCUCCGUGGACCAUUGCUUGUCCCUCACUCGCUCCGUUCCAAG